ACAAUUGUUUUACAAUAAUAUAAACAUUUAGGUUGGGUCUUCGGAAACUUUUAGCAUUAACAAAUAAUUGUUGCAAACUUUUAAUUGAGAAGAAGUAAAUUUAUUUCGUGUAUACCUUAACAGCAGGUAAUAUAUUUUGUGAAAUCAACGAAUUGGCAUAAAGAGCUGAAUCGUAAGAUAUCCAAAAUCGUAUAGUAUAUUCAUUACAUUUAUACAUAUAUAAUGUCAGAAUCAAAUGCUGAAUCUGAGUUAUCUGAAGGCUUGUCAGGUAUUGUGAUGGAUGAUCUACAUAGUAGGCAUCGCCGAGAACGCAAAGAUUUGCAGGCUAAAAUACAAGCACUAAAAAAGUCUGCACCAAAGAAUGAUAAAAAGAAACGUAAAGAGAUAAUGGAGGAGGUUGCUCGCAUGGAGAGUGACUUGGAGAAAAAGCAAGCCACUGAAUUAGUCGAGGUAGAAAAGGAGAAACAAACCCAACAACAACGCCAAAACGAGAAUCCAAAUGAGAAACAAAAAAACGUCGAUGACGUCUUGUGCAAUGGUGAUGAUGAAGAAGAUGCCAACGGUACUACCCAACGUGUUACUAAAGCACAAAAACGACGUGAUAAGAAAGCGCGUGAAGCCCGACAAAGAGAGGAAGAUAUACGGGUUGCAGCUGAGGAAGCAAAGUUCGCACCAAAAGCUAUUGAAGGGCGUGCUAUACAAUCAAAAUUGUUAGAACGGCAGUUAACACUUCAUAGUAUUUCUUCCGAUGGCGAUUGCCUCUACAAUGCGGUACGGCAUCAGCUGUCGCAAAAGGGCUUACCUACCUACAGCGUGCAAGAACUGCGUAAGGAAACUGCUAACUAUAUACGCGCUCAUAAGGAUUCAUUGAUUUGUUAUAUGACUAAUCCAAAAACUGGCGAUUUACUUACUGAUGCUGAGUUUGAAAACUACUGCGAAUUAUUACAUACUACACCAGCAUGGGGAGGACAAAUCGAACUAAAAGCCUUAUCGUCCAUACUUAAAGUACCCAUUGAAGUGCUACAGGCAGAAGGACCACCGACUGUACAAGGAGCUGACGAAUUUUCUGGGCCUAAUUUAUUAAUAACGUACCACCGGCAUAUGUACAGUCUGGGUGAACAUUACAAUUCAUCUGUGCCAAUCGUACAAGUCUGAAAUGCUAAGACUAAUGAGUGAAAUUAUCGUUUUCUUUUAUUUGUAAAACAAAUACAAAAUAAAACCCAUAAUAAAUACGAACUACAAAAUUAAAAGAAUUAUUCCUAAAAGAAAAUAACAUUACUACUAAAAAAUAAGUAAAACUCGAUUUUUUUUUUAUCAAUUCCUCUUGUGUAUUUGUUGCAACAGUAGUCUAAUAAAUCCGAUUUUUCUUGGUUUCUUAGGCUCAAAGCUCAAAAUAAUGUGUAAAUUAUUUAAAAAUUAAGCAAUAUAUUUUUUUUAUUUACAAACCAAAUACAAUUUACAUAAUACAAACAUUUGUUAUUUUACAUUAAAAUACUUAAUAAAUUUAACGAUUUACUUUAAGUGUACUUGGAAGUUUUGUAUUAUUGUCAAAAAUUACAAUCGAAGUGUAUAAAUUUAUUAAUAAAUUGUUUUGCUUUUGGUGCAAAUUUGGAAGAACAAGUAAUGCAUAUUAAGUAGAAUGCGCCUUAGCAAUUAGAUUGUUAAAAGCACAAGCAUAUUAUUGUAAACUGAAUUAAAUAUAUCUAUUUGAAGAAGACAUUUUCAA